AUGAGGACAAAGCUAAGUCUUUUGUGGUGUGUUUGGAUCUUGCUUUGUGGGUCUAGUGUGGGAAGGUUUGUGGUGGAGAAGAACAAUUUGAAAAUCACUUCUCCAAAAUCAUUGAGAGGUAUAUAUGAAUGUGCAAUUGGGAAUUUUGGGGUCCCCAAGUAUGGAGGAACCAUGAUUGGCAGUGUGGUGUAUCCCAAGUCGAAUCAGAAUGGAUGUAACAGAUUUGAUACCUCGUUGAGUUCCAAACCCGGAACCUUCCCCACCUUUGUUCUCGUUGAUCGGGGAGAUUGCUACUUCACUUUGAAGGCGUGGAAUGCACAGAAUGGUGGAGCUGCAGCUAUUCUUGUUGCAGAUGAUAGGAUGGAGCCAUUGAUCACCAUGGACACUCCUGAAGAAGGGAAUGCUGCUAAAGACGAUGAUUAUAUUGAAAAGAUAAGCAUUCCUUCUGCCCUUAUAAGCAAAUCACUAGGGGAGAGCAUCAAGAGAGCUCUUUCUAGUGGGUCAAUGGUUAAUGUAAAUCUUGAUUGGAGAGAGGCUCUUCCACACCCUGAUGAAAGAGUUGAGUAUGAGUUUUGGACUAGUAGCAAUGAUGAGUGUGGACCAAAGUGUGAAAGUGAAAUCAAUUUUGUCAAGAGUUUUAAAGGGGCAGCUCAAUUACUUGAGAAGAAAGGGUUCACUAAAUUUACCCCUCACUAUAUAACUUGGUAUUGCCCAGAAGCAUUUAUAUUGAGCCAACAGUGCAAGUCCCAGUGCAUAAACAAUGGCAGGUACUGUGCACCAGAUCCUGAGCAAGAUUUCAGCAGAGGGUACAAUGGUAGAGAUGUUGUUAUUCAGAACUUGCGUCAAGCUUGCUUCUUUAAAGUGGCAAAUGAAAGUGGAAAGCCUUGGCAAUGGUGGGAUUAUGUGACUGACUUUUCAAUCCGCUGCCCAAUGAGAGAGAAUAAGUACUCUGAAGAAUGCUCAGAUCAAGUUAUUAAGUCUCUUGCUGUUGAUUUGAAGAAGGUUAAAGACUGUGUUGGGAAUCCUAAUGCAGAUGUUGAAAACCCUGUUCUUAAUGCUGAACAGGAUGCUCAGAUUGGCAAGGACAAUCGUGGUGACGUUACUAUACUACCUACUCUUAUAAUAAACAACAGACAAUAUAGAGGUAAGUUGUCAAGAGCAGCGGUACUCAAGGCUCUCUGUUCAGGUUUCCAAGAGACCACUGAGCCAUCAAUUUGUUUAACUCCAGACAUGGAAACAAAUGAGUGUUUGCAAAACAAUGGUGGUUGUUGGCAGGACAAAGCUGCUAACAUUACUGCAUGCAGGGACACUUUCCGAGGAAGGGUAUGUGAAUGUCCUAUUGUACAGAAUGUUCGGUUUGUUGGUGAUGGAUACACCCACUGUGAAGCUACAGGCGCCUUGAGGUGUGCAGUCAACAAUGGAGGUUGUUGGAAGGAGACUCAAGGUGGCAGGGCUUACUCUGCUUGUAUUGAUAAUCACACAAAAGGUUGCAAGUGCCCACCUGGAUUCAGGGGUGAUGGAGUCCACUCCUGCGAAGAUGUGGAUGAGUGCAACGAGAAAUUGGCCUGCCAGUGCCCAGAGUGUCAAUGCAAAAAUACCUGGGGAAGUUAUGAAUGCAAGUGUAGCAAUGGUUUGUUCUACACACGAGAAAAUGACUUAUGUAUUGGUGCAGGUAAAUAUGCCGCCUCGGUGGCCAGCGGGGGCAUUUUCUGGCUUGUUAUUCUGGUCAUUGCUAUUGUUGGUGCUGGGGGAUAUGCAUUUUACAAGUACAGAAUCCAGAGAUAUAUGGAUUCUGAGAUAAGGGCAAUUAUGGCACAAUACAUGCCCUUGGAUAAUCAACCGGAGAUCUCUAGUCAAGCUCAUCCUGAUGUCUAG